AAAUCCUGUGAGCAUUAAAUGAAAAUUAAAAACAAAUAAAUUGUACUCAAAAACAAUUUUUGAAACCAUCAGGAACUACUUAGUACUGAUAAACCGGAAGUAAAAAUGUUAUUCAUAAAUUUGUGUGGCACGAAGUAAUUAAAUAAAUCUGCAAUAGACCUAAAACAAUAAAUACCAGUGAAGCCUUAGUGAAAGCUCAAACCAAAAGUGAUCUUCAAUAGAAAGCUGCGUUUAGCCAAAACUCGAAGCAAAAAUCGCAAAAAGGCCAAAAGAGAAAUAAAAGAGAAAUAAUCAAACCGAAGAAAGGCUAAACAAAACUAAAAAGGUGUUUGCAAUCAAAGUGGCUUCUACAAAACUUCUGCAGACAGACGCAACCACAAUCCGCCACAGUGAAAACAAACGCUAAAAUAUCGACUGCGACGUUGCUUGCGAACACUUUUCGUCGGCUUGAACAAUAACUGUGAUUAUUCGCGCCGUUCCACAUCGCCAUUUUCGCGCCUUUUUUGCUACCUUUCGUCGCAUUCGCGCAGCGCCGUUUCCGCUCCGGUAAACCGCGUUAAGACUUUAAGGCGCGUGUACACAUUUCCGUUUGCAGGCCGCCUGCUUGUUGUUGUUGCUGUUGCGCCAAUCAACACGAAUUUAUUGCGUGUGCGGUUUAGUUGGUGCGGCGCCCAAAUUGUCUCUAGGCGCGCAACUCAAUUGUAAAUCAAACGUGUUAAUCACCCGCUCGCUGACAUUUCGCGCCGCCCCCCGCGCUGUUUGUGCCUUCCUUGCUACGUAGCUGCAAGCCGUUUACAUGUGUAAGUGCGUGCACGUGCUGUUGCUCCUUCCCCUCCUCGCCAUCGCCAUUAAGUUGUGCCCAUUUUUCGUGUUGCUGCCAUAGUGUACGCACUGUGCCACAUCGAUUUGUUGCAAAACCCCAUCUAAACUACAACAACAGCAGCCGGAAUAACGGUUACAGCUUUAAUCGUUCAGUGACAUAUGUAAUAAUAACAAUAAAAACAACAAACGGUGGUAAAGGCAACGCAAAUUUAUGGCUUAGUUACGCACAUAACGGUUGUUGUUUGUGCAAGCAUUAGUUGUUGUUGUUGUUCGGUCGUUGUACUUUGUGUUAUUUUGUGUUGUAACGACAGAGUGUUGCAUCAUUCCAGUAAAUUGAUUUUCAAAUACUACGAACUUUGUUGUUGCGGUGGCUGCGGUGAAUCAUUUCAACUCAAGGAUUUAAUCACAAAUAUUGCCAAUUGGAUUUCGCUCUGAUAUUGCUUGGAUUGUCUCACUGUUGCCUAAGUUUUGUAUGCCCGCUCUGCAAUAGCAAUUGACUCUUCCUGCCCCACUCGCCAACACCGCACGAACGCAGAUGCUAUGAAGGCAACUACAAAUCUCAGUUACAGCCACUCUGUUGCGUCCAGCGCUAGCUCCACUUCAACAGCCACCUCGUACAACGCCAGCAGCAGCAGCGGCAACACUUCGGCCGCGUGCUUGCAACUCAGCACACCCACCGCACCGACUGCAUCGGCAUUGGUAUCGGGCGCUUCAACAUCGACAACAACAACGAAAUCGACUAAAACGAAACCUGCAAUAAAAACGCCGAAGGUAAGUUUUGCACCGCUCGACAUCACCUUCCCGCCACCGAAUACGUCCGCUACUAGCAGCAGCUGCGCGCUAACGGCCACGUGAUACGAAAACGCCAAUAUGCCACACAAUAACAUCGUCUGCGAGUGGUUGCGCGCCAUUGGCAUGCAACAGUAUGCCGAGAGUUUCAUGGAGAACGGCUACGAUGAACUGGAGAUCUGCAAACAAAUUGGCGAGAUUGACUUGGACGCAAUCGGUGUGGAUACGGUGCAACAUCGCAACAAACUGCUGAAGAGUGUGCGUUCGUUACGCGAAAAGGGCGCUGCCAUUGUGUAUGUGAUGAUCAACGAUCCGAAGGCGCUGAGCAGUAGCAAUGAGAUUUUGGCAACCGAUUGUGAUGCGCCGACGACAAUGAAGGAGCUGGAGGCUAUUAUGAAGCGUCAUUUGGAGGCCGAUGGCAUUCGGUUGACGGCGCAUCCCUAUUCGACGCCGGAGGGCAAACGCGGCUAUUUGGAGGGCCUUGCUGCGCACUACAGCAAACAGAUUAAUAUGCCGUACGAGGACGUGUUGGACGCCAUCGAGGAGGUGCGCGUUUCCAAGUGGAAGGAGCGCCAUGUGCGCAUUUCGACCGGCCACACUUUGUCGCGGCGCGCGGGCGGCAGCAGCAGCAGUGGCGGCAUCGGUGUCAGCGUCAUGUCGGGGAUGAUGGGCGGUGGCGGUGGCGGCGGCGGCGUAGGUGUUGGAUUCGGCAUUAUUGGCGGCAAUAUCGCAAAUCAAUCAACUCUGCCGACAAGUCACAGCCAACCAUUGUAUGUGCCUGGAAAAUAUUUGCCAUCGAGUUGCCUUUCCAAUCGUGAGGAGAAUGAAAUCUACAGCUUUGCGCAAAACGAUUUGGCAAAUCGCAUGGCCAGAAGUGCAAUUGAUUCGAAAUCGGCGGUUAACCUGAAUGGCAUGCAGCACAGCUAUCCGGGCGCUAGGCGGAAUUUCUUCUACGAUUUCUCGGCAACAGAGGGCCGUAAUCGAAAUAAAAGACGUACGGUAUUUGCGCGUUUCCUCAGCGGUCUAAACAAAGGUGGCGAAGAAAAUAACCCAAACGAAGAAAUGCAAUUGAAGUCUGCGGAGAAGUUUAAAGCCUGCAGCACCAUGAAGCGCGUAGAACCGCAUCAGAAUUUCGAAGAGACAAUAAGACGAUUGAAGACGCAGAAGAAAAAAGGCGAAACGCAUGACAAGGGCAUACACGACAGGGGCAAGGAGGUGGCGCACACCAUGGUCAACGAAAUGCCACUCAACAAUUACACGAAGCAUCCUUAGGACACGGCGAAAGGCGAAGCGGCAGAGGCAACGGAACAAAAAGAGGUGAACGAUGCAGAUAACGGGAAAGAGACACCGGCGGUGAGUCAAGCGCAAGAGGCGACAGAAAACGAUAAGGGAGUCAGCAAGGACAACGCAGGGGAGGCGAUGUGCAGCAGCAGCAGCGCGGCGAAGAGGGCGAUAGUGAACGAUAUUGACAAACAUAUCUACGAGAACCAACUGUGAGCGAGUCGUACUUAAGGCAGAGGUGUGCUGCAAGAGGUACGCAAAGUGCAGCGCGGUGCAGUGGGGUGCGGGUUGAGGAAAUAAUUCAUCAGUUGCGGCGAUGGUGCGAAAAUGAUAAUAACUUUGCGGUUGUAAUUAUGCAUUCAAUUUUCCAUUUCUCGAAUUGCCUGACGCAAAGCGUAAAAACGGGCAAAAAAUCGCAAUGCCACAAAGCAGAAGGAGACACAGCAAAGCCAACAACAACAACAAUAACGCAGUUUUUGUAGUUGCCUAUAAAGUUUGCUGGAUAAAUUAGUUUCAUUUGCAGUUUUAAGGGCAGCACUCAGUGGCAGCGGCGCUGUGGCCGAUGUGGCAUGGAACCCAACACACAUAAAUGCAAAUGGCAAAAACCUCAAUUAAAAUCCGCACCAAUAAUUUAAGUCAUUCCAAUGGACCGCUACGCACAGCUAGUAAACACACACACACACAUACAUAUAAGUGUCUGCACUCACUAAACCAUCGAACAUCGACCAACGUGCGGCCAAUUGCAACUGUACACACACACACACACAACGGUUUGGGUGGGCGAUAAAUUAGGCACAUCAUUCACUUUCACAGUCGAAGCUGUGCGGUGCGCUGCUCUGCGGCUGUGUCGGUCUCCGGCUCCGACACUGUUGACCAAGUGAAUGAACAAAGAGCAACGAGCAGCGUGAAACCAGCGACGAGCGACGAGCAUGGCAAAUCCUUUCGGGCGUCAAUGUGCUUAAAAGGGGAUAACAAUGUCCAAUACACCAGGGAUUAGCAGUGAAUAAGCGCAAACCAAAUGGCCAACAAACCGUUGGACAAGCGCAAAGAAUACGGACUUGUUAAACCGGCCGUACAGGGUGACUCCGCAUUCGCUCUGUUGCUUUUUUUGUCUCUAUGUAUGGCUGCCACUCGCUAAAGCGCCAGACCCGUGCUGUUCAAUCGAUGCCGCCAACUGACCGAAUGCG